AUGGCCAGAACGGCUUUAUAUACUCUUCCAAAUCCCAAGAAUCCCCUUGACCAAAACGACAUCGGCGCAACGUCAGAACACUCCCAGCAAACCCUGGUGAGCUCAGCGGUAAACGAUGGCCACGAUGGUCGGAGUAUUCCCGGAUUUUCCGAUAACCAACAGGAAGGACAGCAAUUCCCGGAUUCUAUCAACCCCGCUCACUCCAGCCGUCGUGGUGAUGACCCUGCUCCAGUGCAUCAAAGCAGCAAUCCUACAAACACCUCUCCUCGUGACAGUUCCGUUGGCAAGGCACAACCCACUGAUGAACCUGCAGAACAUACCAACUAA